GCGCCCGAGGGGGCGGGGCCCCAAGCCGGCCCGGGAGCAGAACCGACUUCCACCUAGAGGCUCCGCGCAAGGCGUGAACUUUUUCCCUCCCGGAGACUGAGGGGCUGAACUUGGCCUGAACCCCUGGGGAGGACUCAAGGCACCCGUAGCCACGACCGGGCUGAGGUGUCGGGGGCUGAAGACACCAAGGAAAAGUGGGAGCAGAAGUCCGAGGGUGAGUGCAGGGAGCUCUUCGCAGCUGUUACGCAGGCUCUGGUCUCCGUUUAUUCUGGGUGGGCGACAGCGCAAGUGCCCCGGCAGCUCGCAGCUCGAAGGCAGCAGCCGAAGCCGCUGUCUGUGAAGACUGCUGGAGUCCUCGGCACCUGUCUAGGGCUUCGGGAGCGGCUGUGGUCAUGGUGAGUGAGGAUCCCAACCCACAGGAGCACGGCGGCGGCACCCCUGCGCAGGAGCCCGCACUCCGCGCGGACCGCAGCGCCUCGGGGCACCCGAGCGUGUCGGCCCACCCCAGUGUCUCCAUCCACCCCAGCGUCUCGGCCCACCCGAGCAGUUCGGCCCACCCCAGUACGCUGGCCCAGCCCGGUGGCUUGGUCCACCCCAGUAGCUCGUGCCCCGAGGACCUUAGUGUGAUCAAGGUGAGCAAGCGCCGUUGGGCGGUGGUCCUGCUGUUUAGCUGCUACUCCAUGUGCAACGCCUUCCAGUGGAUCCAGUACGGCUCCAUCAAUAACAUCUUCAUGAAAUUCUACGGCGUCAGUGCCUUUGCCAUCGACUGGCUGUCCAUGUGCUACAUGCUGACCUACAUCCCCCUGCUCCUGCCCGUCGCCUGGCUGCUGGAGAAAUUCGGCCUGCGCACCAUCGCCCUCACCGGAUCGGCUCUCAACUGCCUGGGGGCCUGGGUGAAGCUGGGCAGCCUGAAGCCGCAUCUCUUCCCAGUCACCGUGCUGGGCCAGGUCAUCUGCUCUGUGGCCCAGGUCUUCAUCCUGGGCAUGCCCUCCCGCAUCGCUUCCGUCUGGUUCGGGGCCAAUGAGGUGUCAACAGCCUGCGCCCUAGCUGUCUUUGGUAAUCAGCUUGGAAUUGCAGUUGGGUUCUUGGUCCCUCCGGUUUUGGUACCCAACAUUGAAGACCGGGACAAGCUUGCCUACCACAUCAGCAUCAUGUUUUACAUAAUUGGAGGCGUGGCCACUCUGCUUUUCAUCCUUGUCAUCAUCGUGUUCAAGGAGAAGCCUAAACAUCCCCCCAGCAGGGCCCAAUCCCUGAGCUAUGCCUUGGCCUCCCCUGAUGCGUCGUACUUAAGUUCCAUCGUCCGGCUCUUCAAAAACCUCAGCUUUGUGCUGCUUGUCAUCACCUACGGUCUGAAUGCUGGUGCUUUUUAUGCCUUGUCGACUCUGCUGAAUCGCAUGGUGAUCUUGCACUACCCGGGGGAAGAAGUCAACGCUGGAAGAAUUGGCCUGACCAUCGUCAUUGCAGGAAUGCUUGGGGCUAUGAUCUCAGGCAUCUGGCUGGAUAGGUCCAAAACCUACAAGGAGACAACCCUGGUGGUCUACAUCAUGACUGUGGUCGGCAUGGUGGUGUACACAUUGACCUUGAACCUGGAACACCUGUGGGUAGUGUUCAUCACUGCUGGCACAAUGGGCUUCUUCAUGACCGGCUACCUCCCCCUGGGCUUUGAGUUUGCUGUGGAACUGACGUACCCAGAAUCAGAAGGCAUGUCAUCUGGCCUCCUUAACGUGUCUGCCCAGGUAUUUGGGAUCAUCUUCACCAUCUCCCAGGGGCAAAUUAUUGACAACUAUGGAACCAUGCCCGGGAACAUCUUCCUGUGUGUGUUCCUCACCCUUGGAGCGAUCCUUACUGCAUUCAUUAAGGCAGAUCUCCGGAGGCAGAAAGCAAACAAAGAAACUCCCGAGAAUAAACUCCAGGAGGGGGAGGAGGAGGAGGAGGAGGAGAGCAAUACCAGCAAAGUCCCCACCACUGUGUCUGAGGAGCAUCUCUGAGAGGAAGAAGGUGGUGGCGACUCAGGGAACACGGACGGCACCCCCACCUCUCCGGUCAACGCUCACUGCCAGACACAGGUCUUCCCUGGAACAGCUUUUGGAGGGAAGCGGCUGGAAUAUUUGUGGCUUGGACGGCGGUGCCUCUGCCCCCCAGAACCCGCUCAGGCGCUUGCGUGGCCUGGUUGGGGAUGAUGGCACCUUUCACCAGAUGCGCUCUCCAUUCCCGCCUCUCCCCCUCAUAGGGCAGGGGAGCCGGGGUUGGGAGAGGCUGGCGGAGGAGGGCCGUGCUGCCCUGUCUUCCCCCUUUCCCUCCAUCCUGCAAAGAGAGAGCCUGCGAAAUUAUCACGGAAAGAGAGCUUAUUCAGGAUAUUAACUUUUUCCAGUGUCUUAGGACCCUUAGAAGCCCAGUCCUAAGGAAAGGCAGCUGCCUGGGAUGAGGGGCCUUUGGGGGUCAGUGGACUGGCUGCUAACGACCUGUGGGAAGAAGCACCAUCAGGAAAAAAACAAAACAAAACAAAACAAAACAAAACUGCAUCAGAACAAACCCGUCAGGGCUCGGCCUCGCUUCUCCCAGCCUAAGGUUGGGGUCUGCUGCCAAACCCCUUCCUAAGAGCGGAUCAAACCAAACAUCAAUAAACUUGACAUAAAUUUUGCUGUGGCCGUGAAGGAGAAACCCAUCUGGGAGAGAGAACUGCCUAGGCCUGUGAGAGCGCUUGAGAAGGCAGUUGGGAGCUGUGGUAGCUUGAUCUGGGAAUGGGUUCUUUUCUACAAAAUCUCUGCCCGGGGACUUCUGUGUGGGUCAUGGUCACCUCUGAUGCCUCCAUGUGGACACUACUUUGAGAAACUCCACCAUCAGCCUCCGCGCUUGCUUUCUCUAAAGGGAGGGAAAUCCCAGCCGACUUCCUGUAACCUUUACUGAGAGCUAACCUUGAUUUAUUCCAUGCUGAGAAAUCCACAGCUGCUUCUGGGAGAUGAGAGGAAAGGGGCAGAAGGAAAGGUGGCCCUUGAAAUGGGAAGUGAGUCUGCUUGAAUUAGGUGCACCCGCCUCUGGAGGGGACAGUAUUCUCACGCCCACCCCCUUCCCCUGCCCUCUUUCUUCCAGCAAUAAUCUUUUUCUUAAAUCAGAUAUUGUGAAUUUUAAGGGAGUCUCUUUAAACCAGCCCAAGGUGACUUCCUCUCCUGUCUAGCCUGUUGUCUGGCUCUACUCACGGGCUUGGGUGGUGUCCCCUGAAAAUAAGACAUUUGUAAUUUCUCCUGUGUACUGAACAGCUGUGAUCAUGACCAUGGUGCUGUUUGGCUGUGGCCACUGCCCCCGCCUUGGCAAAUGGGAGCAGCCUGGGUUGGUCGGCUGCAGUGCCAGGUGCCUGGGCCACUACCUGAGGAGAGCCAGGUGUGUGUGUGUGUGUGUGUGUGUGAGAGAGAGAGAGAGAGAGAGAGAGAGAGAGAGAAUAUAGACAUUCUGUAUGUUCUUGUUGAUAGAAGUUCCCUCCACUUCUGGUGGGGGGAGUGAUUGGGGAGGUGGAAAAGAGGUGGAGAGAAAGUGUGUCUUCCUUCCAAUAAGGAGAAAGGUGCUUACUCUUCAGCUCCUUACAACUUUUUAACAGAAUGUUUACCAGAUCCAUUCGUUCCUUUAUUUUAAAAACAUAAUUUUUAUUUUCUAUUUGUAAUGCCAGAUGUUUUAAGGCAAUAAAAGAGUCUCCAAGUGG